AUGUCCAGCAUCAGCGAUAUCGAUUUCCACGCGGAGGAAGAACUCGUCGCUAACGAGAAGGGCCGGGAUCUCAUGCAUGAAAUGAGAGAGAUGAAAUCUAGGAUGAGCAAGAUGGAGGACUCCAACGAAAGCAUGUCGAAGAAGCUCGUACGGGACGCAAUCACUGCAGACAACAAAAAACGGACCGACGGUAUUCGUGUCGUGAACAACUAUAUUCAUGGAGGUGAUAUCCUCAUGGACUGCCUUGCCGCAAAGCGUUUCGUGCCUACAAUCCGAAAUCUAUCGCUUUUUUUGAAUCGGAUGGCUACAAUACUACUUGACAAGGAUCGGGUAAAGCUUUUGCCCGAAGACGACAAAAAACGGAUUCUGAUUGUCGGUUUGUUAAUUGAGAAAAGGUAUGCAGAGGCAGAGAGCUUGGUCGAUGAGGAGGAAUAG